AUGUCUUCGGUUCACGGCGGUUCGGCCGCCACCGCCGCCGCGUCCUCGUCGUACUCUUCCCGCACGCAACGAAGCACAGGCACCACCGCUGUUGCACCCUCAGCCGCCUCGCGUUCGAACCAGAAUCAGCGACAAAGGGCCCCGGAGCCACCUGUGAAUCGGGACUUUUCCCACAUAUGGGGUAGUGAUAGCCUCGACGACGUCUCCUUGACGAUGCCGCCCAUCUCCGGAGGCGACACCACCGAGGACGGCCAGUACCUCAGCGCCUUUGCCGACAGCGAGUUUUCCUCGCCCUCGAGCUAUCCUUCCUUCGUAAACCCACCGAUAGGGGAGGAUCCGCACGCACGCCAGGCUCCCGGUCAGCCUCACCAGGCCGCCGCCGCCUCAUACCCCGGCUCCGCUGCCCCUCCCCGCCGCGCUUCCGCCUGCGGCCGUGCCGUGCCCGCCCCUUCACGAUCCACGACCCAACUCUCCGCGUCGAGCGUCGGCGAGUCCCAAAACACGCUCUUCACCAACGACUUUGGCGACGAGCCGCUCACCUCCCAGAGCACGCAGAGCUCUUUUGCCGACAUGCCUGUGUCGGUCACCCGUCGCGGCACCCUGGCCGAGGACUCCGACCUCGCCCGUGCCGCUAAGCGCCGUCGAAUGCCCGCUGCGGCUGCUGUAAACCCUGCCGAGACGACUCCUCUGGUUUUGCCACUUCCGUCGGACGACGACGACGAGGACGACGACCUUUUUGGGGAGAAGGAGAACCCGCCGCCGAACGACGAUGACCUCGCGACAAUCGAUCUUACCGAAGCCAACGACGUGCCCGAGAACCUCAAGAAGCCAGAGGUGGACAACCGCGUCAAGCUGUCGGCGUUUCAGUGCGUCAUCUGUAUGGACGACGUCACGACGCUGACCGUCACGCAUUGCGGACAUUUAUUCUGCCAGCAGUGCCUGCACUCGUCGCUCCACGUCGACUCCACGCGCGGCAAGUGUCCCAUGUGCCGCGCGAAAAUCGACAUGAAGGCCCGGGCGUCGUAUAACUCCAAGACCAAGGGCUUCUGGCCGCUCGAGCUGAAGCUCAUGACGAAGACGAAGCAGGGCAAGCGCAAGGCCGGUGACAUUAGUUGA